UUGAAAACUUAGCUAGCUCGACUCUUAAAUUCCGAUCUCUGGUUAGCGUUGUGAGAACUAUUUUGUAAUUGUGUCGAAAUUCGGUUGCGAUCAAUAAGCAAAUCUAUAAUUUCCAUCAUAAAAUUAAAUUUGUGUUGGAUCUCUAGCAUCAAAUGAUGGGCACAAGGCAUGAUUACUAGUUAGUGUUCCAAGUAAAAUCACUGGAUUAAAAGAGAGAGUCCUAUGGACAGGAUCAGUUCCUUGCCAGAUGAAUCCCUGUUGCAGAUACUUUCAUCACUUAACACAAAAGAUGUCUUGAAGACAAGUUUAUUGUCUAAGCAAUGGCGGAACCUUUGGAAGUGGGUUCCUAAACUCGAGUACCUCGAUUGUGGUAAUACGAAUGCUACUGAUCAUGGAAAAUUUAUGAGGUUUGUGGACAGGUCUUUGCUAUUAAACAAGGCUCCAGUCUUAGAGAGGUUGAGUUUCAAGUCUUUUAGCAAAUCCAGUGAUAUAGAUAUCGGGUUUUGGGUUAGAGUUGCAGCGGAACGAGAUUUACGUGAUUUCGACUAUUCCUCAGCUCCCUAUAGUGAGCCUAUAAGAUUACCUCAAAGCCUGUUUACGUGCGGAACACUCGUGGUACUUAAACUCGACAGUGUAUCGCUUGAGGAUGUUAAAUUCCCGGUUAGUUUCCCCUUACUCAAAACAUUGCACCUUCGUUCGGUGAUAUUCUUAGACGAUGAAUCCCCUCAGAAGCUUCUAUCAAGCUGCAAAGUUCUUGAAGUCUUGGUCGUGAAACGAGUAACUGAAGACAAUGUAAAGAGCUUUUCUAUUACGGUGCCUUCACUCCGAAAGUUAAUCUAUCUCAAUGUAAAUUCCGGUGAAGGCCUGUUUGCGUUGAAUGCCCCUUCUUUGAAGAGCUUAGAGAUCGACGGUAUUGGUCACAAAUGUAUGAUUGAGGAAAUGCCUGAGAUCGUGUCUGCAAAUGUACAAAUCUAUAGGAACAGUGAAAAUAUCCUAGCUUCUCUUACAUCAGUCAAACGCCUCUCGCUGUGCUUUCACUUAGUGUCGCGGUUUCCUACUGGUAAAAUCUUCCAUCAGCUUGUAGAGUUGGAGGUUUGCACAUGCAAUCCAAAACGGGAUCUACUUAUGUCUCUUCUCAAACAUUCUCCAAAACUACGAGCUCUCAAACUCUUUGAGCGACACGACUACAGAAAUACUUGGGAAGAGGUAUAUAAUUGGGGUGAGCCCAAAUCUGUUCUUAGAAGGUUGAAGCUCGGACUUGAAACUUUGGAGUGGGGCAACUACAGAGGAUGGAACAAAGAGAAAGAACUCGUGAGGUUUGUCUUCAAAAAUUCAAGGAGCUUGAAGAAAGCGACUUUUUCACCUGUAGCCACCACCACUACGGAGGAGAAAAACCGGAUGCUUCAAGAGUUGACAGCUUUGGCUAGAGUUGCAACAUGUCAGCCCGUCUUUGGCUCAGUAUCGCAUAGCAGUUCAAUAAAUCCGUUUUCUCUUUAAUCAAAGUCUGAACCCCUUCAGGAUUCUAAACUUGCUUUGUUGCAGUUCUCUAAACUUAAACCUUAUGCUCUGUUUCUCUUCUUUUCUAAACUUUUCUCUGUUUCUCCUCUUUUCUAAACUUGCUCUGUUUCUCUUC